AUGGCGGCGUCCGUCCUCGGGAGUGCGGUGAGAGCCGCUGCAGGUCAGUACUGCAUUGACGUCUUCCCGGAGAAAAGGACUGUAUAUGUGGGUGUAUGUGUUAGAAUAUAUUCAGUACAUGAUCUUCUCUCUGUCUUUGCAGGAAUAUUACGUCCCCUGAAUGCCUUGGCAUCGUCAGCCUAUCGGAACUAUGCCAAGAACGCACUGUGCACCACUCAUUUUAGACAUAUUCAGACACCAGUUGUUUCCUUUGCUCCAAGACUUGUCACAUCUGUGAGAACCCUGACACAUGGGCAUACUGCAACAGUCCUGAAUAGAGUGGCCGCACUGGUUCCCAGUGUCGCGAAGCCGCCCAUCAGAACGCUAACAUACUGCAGCACACGGCAAGGCAAGAGGAAGACAGUAAAAUCAGUCGUGCAUCGCUUCCUUCGACUUCAUUCUGGCCUUUGGCUAAGGAGAAAAGCUGGCUAUAAGAAGAAACUAUGGAAAAAGUCAACGGCAAGAAAAAAGCGCUUGAGGGAAUUUGUGUUCUGCAGCAAGACCCAGAGCAAACUUCUAGAUAAAAUGACCACGUCCUUCUGGAAGAGGCGCAACUGGUAUGCCAACGACCCUUACCUGAUGUACCAUGACCGAACGAACCUGCGAGUGUAGUCCAGAGCUUUCAUAGGUUCCCAGCUGUGGAUUGUGGAUCUCUGUGUACGUGAUGUCCUUGCAGAAGUGAGCAUGUGAUAAACAUAGACCGUACUAAUUGAUUGACAAAUGUAGAAUACCACCAUUGUGCUUUAAAAGUCUAUGCAUUAAAUAUUCCUGGAGCU